CCCUGUCCUUGCAUUUGCACGCACUGGAGCAAAUAGCACUGAAGUGAAAAAAAUCGCACUCACCCACUGCUCCCUACAUCUGCUCCAACGCCGGCGACCGGACCGCGGCUCCAUGACCGGAGACCAACCCCGGCGGUGCUACUUCUCCCCCACCCUGUCCUCCAUCCCUGCAACACCCUGAUCCCUCCUCCGGGCUCCAGCUCUCCCCCAUCUCGCAUCCCGUUUGACCGACGCCUCCACAUCAACGACGACCUCCGGCCGGUGACCCGUGACUGGGAGGUGCUCGAGCUCUUCAGAGGCGGAAGCGGAGGCGUCAGAUCACCCAGCUUGCCCCCGCUCGCAUGUCCCUCAAGUCAGCCGUCGCCGCGCACCUACAGCUCGCGCUCGCCGUCCUCCUCCGCUGAUAUCUCCUCAUGUACAUGGAUAGUUGUCGAGCUCAGUCGCCACUUCCAGGACCAGGCCCUCUCAUCACGCCUGAAGGCAUGCCAUGCAACUCCAAGUUAAGGCAGAGAUGUUGAUUUUGUGCGAGGACAUGACCAGUGACCAUCGGCCUAAAAUAUUGAAGAAGAUCGAGGAGAUUCCGAAUAUGAAGGAAAGGUGGUUCAAUUGGACAACACUGAGAGGAAUUAGCUUCAUCUAUCAUUCAUUCAACAAGAUAACUUGUUACCUACAAAUUGUCAGUAUGAUUAAAUGCCUCCUUGGAGGAGCAGCUGCCGACGGCAGGUGCUGGGCGGCGUCCUCGAUGGUGUCGGCGGUGACGUCUCGUUGGGGAUCAUCCGCGAUGGUGUCCUUCGUGAAGGACUUGCUAGCGACGGUUGGCGGCAGCUACGGUCUAGCUAUUGACCAUGGUGAGUUGAUGGACAUGGAGCAGUUCGAGUUGGCAUGUGUAGUUGGCGAAGGCCGGCCGUCGGCGAGGGCUGGAAUGCGACAGUCCGUGGUGCCGAAGGUCGGCGAGGGCGGUGGGAGGCGACGGUCGUGCGGAUGAAGAUCGGCGAGGGGACGAAGGUCGGCCGGGGAGCUGCGAGGCGACGGUCGUGCGGGAUGAAGGUGGGCACGUUUUGGUAACGGUCUUUAUUUGGAGAUGCGUUAGUUGAGAUUCGUCCGGACUGUUGAAUUUACGUAACGAUUGGAGAUGGUUGUCCGGUUGUCCGUCCGGGCUGAUCUACACCAUGCGAUCUGUUUUGGUUGGUUCAGAUUUAAUGGAUCUGCCCCCUUCUGGGACCUUUUAGAUUCUUGAGAUUGGUGUGGUUGCCUGGUCUGCUUGUGCGGCCGGCCGGUCGUCUGGAAUCCUUGAGGUAUUUCUUCGGUUUGCUUCUCCCUGCUU